AUGAAACUUCUACUUUUGGUACUUGGCGUAAUCUCUGCCGCUGCUGCAAGAAAUGUCUUUGGAAGGUGUACUAGUUUGUUCGAUGAGAGUUGCAUUCACAAUGGUAAUAAUGGUGAAAAUGGCAAUGACGAAGGUUAUUUAAAUGGAGGUGGUAGUCCAGGUAAAAGAUGCGCCGGUUUAUUCGAUGAGAGUUGCAUCAACGGUGGUCUUGUUGGUGCUGGUAAUGAUGAAGGAUAUUUAACGGGAGGUGGUAGCACGGGUAAAAGAUGCGCUGGGUUAUUCGAUGAGAGUUGUAUCAACGGUGGCCUUGUUGGUGCUGGCAAUGAUGAAGGAUAUUUAACGGGAGGUGGUAGCACGGGUAAAAGAUGCGCUGGGUUAUUCGAUGAGAGUUGUAUCAACGGUGGCCUUGUUGGUGCUGGCAAUGAUGAAGGAUAUUUAACGGGAGGUGGUAGCACGGGUAAAAGAUGCGCUGGGUUAUUCGAUGAGAGUUGCAUCAACGGUGGUCUUGUUGGUGCUGGUGAUGAUGAGAGCUGGUUGGGUGGAGGAUCUCCGGGAAAGAGAUGCGCUGGUUUAUUCGAUGAGAGCUGCAUCAACGGUGGACUUGUUGGUGCUGGUGAUGAUGAGAGCUGGUUGGGUGGAGGAUCUCCGGGAAAAAGAAGUGGACACACUAACUCGAAAUACAUGAAAAAUUGGUUAAAGAAACUUUACCUUCAAGCUUAA